GCUUGAUGGGAACUAGAUGCAACCGUCUCUGCGCUCAAUAGUAAAUGAGAACAAAGCCCCUUUUAUACUGGCUCCUGCUACUGUGAAGAUCACGUACAAUACACGUCACUGCGUUUGUUAGUAAAGGAGAAACAUAAGAAUAUCUGAGAAAUUCAGUUGCGCUAAACAAGACAAUGUCUGACAACACUGAGAACCAAACCUCAGACCUUCCUGAUGCUCACGGAGACACAGAUAACGUUGAUAUAGGGACAGAUGAGAUACCAGAAGAUCUGUGUGUAAGGCGUCAGCUGGGGCCAACAGAUGAGGAAACCAGUGACAGUAUCAGCUCAGGCCUUAUGGAUGUGACAUCUUCAGAUGGUUCAGCGGAUGAGUACAGAGAAGAACCAAAUAUGUGUGAUCAGGUGAAGACUGAGGAGGAUGAAGUUCCUACAAAUACGGCUACAGACGCAGAUAAUGCUGAUAUAGUUAAAGUAGAGACAACAGAAGAUCUGUGUGUGAGGCGCCAGCUGGGACCAACAGAUGAGGAAACCAGUGGCAGUAUCAGCUCAGGCCUUAUGGAUGUGACAUCUUCAGAUGGUUCAGCGGAUGAGUACAGAGAAGAACCGAAUAUGUGUGAUCAGGUGAAGACUGAGGAGGAUGAAGUUCCUACAAAUACGGCUACAGGUAACUUCACAAACUGCAAUGCUGAUGCUUCUUUCAGACGUCUUCAAAAUCAAAGAAACCACUUGGAAAAUGUAUGUUCUGAAUGUGGGAAAUGUUUUACUACGAAAUCAUCUCUUAUUAGGCAUCAGAAAGUUCAUACAGGGGAGCAAACAUUUUCAUGUCCUGACUGUGAGAAAUGUUUUAGUCUGAAAUCUCAUCUUAUUGCGCAUCAGAAAAUUCAUACAAAAGAGAGAGGAUUUUUAUGUUCCGACUGUGAGAAAUGUUUUACUACGAAAUCAUCUCUUAUUAGGCAUCAGAAAAUUCAUAAAGUGGAGAAAGAAUUUUUGUGUUCUGAAUGUGGGAAAUGUUUUACUCAGAAAUCUCAUCUCAUUAGGCAUCAGAAAAGUCAUACUGGGGACAAAGCAUUUUCAUGUUCUGAAUGUGGGAAAUGUUUUACCUUGAAAUCAACUCUUAAUAAUCAUAGGAAAAUUCAUACAGGGGAGAAAGAAUUUUCGUGUUCUAAAUGUGGGAAAAGUUUUACUCAGCAAUCAACUCUUAUAAAUCAUCAGAAAGUACAUAUUAAAGAAAAUCAGAGAUUAAUCUCUGAAGCUCAGAUGCCAACACAGUCAUCCACACAGUGUCCAGAGUGCUGAUGAGGACUACAUGUUGCCAUAAAACAUUUUGAGUUAUGUGAAUAUUAUAAAAGGGUCAACUGAGGUUAAAUAGUGUGUAUAAAAAAAAAAGCUUAUAACUAUUUUAAUACAAUUUCCAAAACUCUGCAAAAUUACUUACACGUUAGUGUUGCCAAGUGUAGCCUGCUCCACCACCCUUAUCAGUUUUCUACUACGAACCCUGUGGUAUCAUAUAACAAAGUGUGCACAUGAGGACAAUUACUUAUGCAAGUAAGUGGGGUUGAGGAGGGACAGCAGGUACUGCUAUUGUUUGUUGCCAAGAGGCUUGCUUGUUUCCAUGGGGAUAAUGUCACAUGCUUUGUGAAAGCUUCAGCAUUAUACUGUGCACUUCUUUAGUCAUGUGUCAUGUGACUCUGCCCCCUAUCGUGCAUUCUGCAGAAGCUAUGGCCUGGAUAGCACCUACCAUAUAUGGAAAUGCCCAGGGGGGAGCUUGCUGAAUGGGGGUUAAAACAGAAACCUUUUUGCAGGUAAACUUUGGCUGCAUUAUAUAUUUAGAAACGUAUGUUAGUUCAUACUGUUUUAUGUCUCUUUAAGGCUGUUUGAUGCCCUAUUUGCACCUCAAACAGUUACAAAGUGGCAUAGUGCGUUUGUCAUACAUGGGAAAUCCAGGGUCCCUAUAUAGGUUUAAGUAGCCUAGUGAUCACUUGUUGUAAAUAAAAUGUGCAUUAACUGGAGUUGGAGUUCAUGGAAGGGAGCCCCCAUGUGCAGAUCAAAGUUAUGUAAAUAUACCUAAAGACCCUUAUCUAUAUGUUGAUAAAUGUAGGUACUGUUUGCAGCAUUUUAGUCAGGUGAUCCCUGAGGCAACAGCAUUUCCCUAGCUGGAAUUUAAUUUGAUCUGGUGUAUGGGUGUGCAGGGUGAACAUCAAAAAUGGAGGAGGACUCCAAAAGGAAGGCAUUGUCUGGAUAAGAUAGCCUCCAUAGAUGCAUAAAACAAAAUAUAUGUAUAUGUUUUUUGCCAAUUUCUAUUUAAAAAAUGAAUUAUUCUGUUUCUGCUUAUGUUUAAAAGGUUACCUAAUACAAUUAUAGAGCCAAAAAAGUUUUAACUAUAGAAAACUUGUUCUGUAUUGUUUACAACCCUGUGUAUUAAAAUUGUGAUACAAAUAUG